UAAGUUUUUCAUUUAUUGUUAUGAAUGUUUCUGUGAAGCUUUUGUUUUUCUUUUGAAGUUUUGUAAUCUGCACAGACUAGCCCUUUUUCGCUUGGAUUGGGUGAAAUCUUGAUGAAUUUGACAGGGGCAGAAAAAUAUAAGAAAAACUAAGUAAAGAGGCAAGAUAUGAACAGCAACAGUGUUGAAAACAUAAUUAUGGCAUGAAUGCGGGAGUUAUAAUUAAUUGUUGUCUGAGUUGUUGUCAAUCUUUACUGAAAAUUCCAAUACAGAUAAUGGUUUGGAUACUUGAAAAGUUUUUUUGGGUGUUGGAAUGCAUGCGUUAUUUUACGAGACAGAUACGUAACAAGGCACUUGGGUAUGAAAAGGUGAAUGUCGGAGAGGAAUUGCAUAUGGUAGAAGUUGGAAAUGGCACAAGUAACGACAGACAAGUUAUAGAAGAUAGAAUAAGAUUGCAGCAACAGGAAAAUCAACUUGAACAAGCUAGAGAUGAAAUUCUACGACUACAAGAAUGCAACAGGGAGAUGGGCUCACUUCGGAAUGAAAAUAACCAUAAUGUAAAAAUAUUGGAGCAAAAGGAACAUGAUCUUAAAGUAGCUAGAGAUGAAGUUCUACGACUACAAGAAUGCAACAGGGAAAUUGGUCCACUUCGGAAUGAAAACAACCAUUCUGUAAAAAUGCUUCAAGAUUAUAAGGAAAAAGUCAAUGAGCUACAAAGAGAAAAAAGUGAUGCAUUAACAAGAUUGAGUGAGGUAAUGGGGUCAAAAUUACGAGACAAUAACCCAGCAAUUACAGACCUAAAUGAUACAAAUAGACCAAUGAAACUUGGGGACCAGUUUAGUGAGUUGUAUGAAAAUGAAUGGACUGAUGCCUACUCUGAAUUAGAAGAUUCCAAAAAAUUAACAGAAAUUGAAAUCAUAGAAAUUCUUAUAAAAAUUCUCAAAGAGAUUUAUGAGACAUGUUUAGCAGACGUUUCUCAGCAGCUGUCUGGACACAGAAGUGCUGUACAUGGCCUAAGUGACGAUGAAAUAGAAGGGUUUAUAAAAGCUGUAAAGGAUUCAAUAAAAACCAAUGCAUCAAAGUAUAUUCCUCUUCUCCUUAAGAAAAUAGCUAGUGACAGUUCAAGUUGUAAAACUGUUGUUCAAUACAGAGAUUGCUGUCUGGCUUACAUAGAAAAUUGUGUCAACCUAUGUUACUAUAUAACUGUCCAAGACCCACCUAUGGUUAUAGACUUUGUACCUGGACAUAUAUUUGAUAAACAGUCAUGGAAGGAAUAUACUCGGUCUGGAACUGAGGUUGAAUAUGUAGUAUGGCCAGCUCUGUAUUUAUACAAGGGAGGUCCUAUCAUGUCUAAGGGUGUUGUUCAACCUAAAGAAAACACACACUGAUGAUAUUACAUAUGAUGUCAAAUCAUUUGAA